ACUAGGUGGAUGUGGAGGGCGCGGCGGGCUGCAGAUGCUUCCCACACCGCCGGACACCUCGAUGAGCAAAGGGUGGGGCUGUCUUCCUGUCCCGCCCCGCCCUCACAGGCUUUCGCCGAGAGCCCAGCGCGACGCCGGUGUCCUUGGCCCCCGCCCCACUCCUUCUGCCGGCGGUCCGGAGCCAGGACCAAAGACGUCCCUCUGCAUUCCGCACUGCGGAGCACCCCACGGUGCAUCCCGGCCGGGGGCUAUCAUGAGCCGCGGGCCCCGGAGUGCGCCUCCCGCGCUGGGGCUGCUCUGCCUGGCACCAUCGUUGCUGCUGCUGCUGCUGCUGCUGCUGCCCUUGGCGCGCGGUAACUGUGAUGUCCCAGAAAAGUUACCAUUUGCGUUGAUGUCAGGGGAUUCUGCUGGCCGGGAAAGCUUUCCUGAGGGUUACAGUGUGACGUAUACUUGUCGACCAGGUUACCAAAGAAACCGUAAUUUCCAACCUACACGUACUUGUCUUGCAGAUGGAACAUGGUCCAAGGCAACCAACUUUUGUGAAAAAAAACGGUGCCCUAACAUUGGAGAGCUAGCCAAUGGUCAUGUUAAUAUCGAGGAGGACAUUGUAUUUGGUUCAACUAUUACUUUUAGUUGUGAUAAAGGGUUCUUGUUAGUCGGUGAGCGUGAGAGCCUAUGUCAAAUUGUAGGUGAAAACCGGGUUGGGUGGAGUGAACCUCUUCCACAUUGCCAAAUCAUUCUCUGUCAUCCACCUCCAACUAUCGACAAUGGGAGAUACACAGGAGAUUUUAAAGAUUAUUUUAAUUAUGGACAAUCAGUGACUUAUACAUGUAAUGAACCACAUACACUUAUUGGAGAGAAAUCCAUCCAUUGUACUACAGAAAACAUGAGAGAUGGAGUAUGGAGUGCCCUUCCCCCUCAAUGCAAAGUUGUCCGUUGUGGAAAACCAGUUCUCCCAAAUGGACAUAUGCUGUCUAGAAGAGGGCCACCUUAUAAGUAUCAAGACACUGUGGUUUUGGAAUGCAAUGCUGGAUUUUACAUGGAAGGCGAGCAAAGGAUUUUCUGUGGUUCUGACAACUUGUGGGUUCCUCGUAUUCCACAUUGUACACCAGAUAUUAAGAUUCCCACUGUCAGGACCAUCACCAACAUCACCACCACUAUCACUAUUACUAUUAAGUCUUCUUCUACCAGUGAGAAAGAAAAUCAACUUGACACAAUAAUCCUGGUGAUAACAUUGAUAAUCUUCAGCCAGAUAUGAAGGUGACUUGUGCAUGGAGGAAGACAUUCUAGCACCUUAUCUGGGAAACCAAGGCACAGAAGAUGUUAAAUAUUAAAUUAUAUUUUUGGCUUCAAAA